AUGUCUUCUCUCGUUCUACUUUUACACGCAAAAGGAUUUCGAGAAAGAAAGAAAAAAGGGAAAGGUUUGCGUUCUAGGGUUCACAGCGGUUUUGGUUCUCCGUUUCAUCUCGGAAAUUGAAAUUUGAUGUUCUUAUUUGAUGUUCAUUUAGUCAACUUGCAAUGUUUCCUCUCGCAAAUCUUAGGGUUUCGAGACUUCAUCUUAAGUCGCAAAUUCAAGAGCUUGAGUUCAUCUUUCUCUAUCCGCUGAUCGUUUUCCUCUCGCUUGCACGAUUGAAACACUCAAAUCCUUUCAGGAAGCUUAAUCAAGGGACACAUCAACUAUAAUGAUGAUUCAAUUUGAAGUGAUUUUCCAAUUCUGAAGUGGUUCACUGGAACAGAUUUUGUGAGAAUGGCAGGUUCAGAGAUUUGCAUAUGCUCUCUUUUGAAACUGGUUAGGUUCUUAUUCAAUUGCACGUUUAUGAUAUAUUUAAAACAGCGUGACAACAUAUCUGAUUCAAGAUGAUGCCUUUAAGACCGGCGAACUUGACUAUGUCAGAUGAGGUAUACAUGAAACGUAUAAGGUUGUUAAACUCCAACAUAUCUGUAUUGUUAAUUUUUUAAGUUAUUUAUUGGUAGUAUCAUUUUAUUUUAACCAUUUUUCAUUAUUUCAGCUUUAAUGAAAUUUUAACUUUCAUGGCUUUAAUGGAAUUUUAACGAUGUUUAAGAGGCAGAGCUUCAGUUGCUAAUAAGUGUACUGAAAUGUUUGAAAUGGACUUGUUCCUUUGUUUUGAGUUUCAAUUGUUUCCCUUUUUGGAGUGAAGUUGGUUUAUGUUUGUGGACUGAAUGAUGUUUGAAUGUAGAAUUAUGCUGAAAUUCUGUUUUGCAACAUGGAUGCACAUCAUUGCUCUUAUGAAACUUAGCAUAUGUUGUCUUAUGAACAUACAUGGAAAUAUGUUAUAGUGCAUGCAUGAUGGGUUAUGUUAAUCUGUGCUUUAAACUGGACUUGAAAUGAGCAUGUGGCUUUGUAGUGGUCUUUGAACAACCUGAAGGUGAUUCAUACUGAAUUCCUUGCUUGUUUGUGAAGAAUUUCAAUGUACAUAAACAUUUACUCUCAAUGAUCCUGAUUUUGUACAUGUUGUCUCUUCUUUAAAUUGAACUUUGUAUUGAUCCAUGGCUUGUUUUGAUACUCUAUGCAGAUUUUGAUCCUGUUUUGCUGAAGUGGUAAUAUUGUUACUUUCUCAUCCUAUUCAUUUCUGAAAUUAGAUGAUUUUAAGUUAGAUUGAGUAUAAACUUAGGUGAUUUUUGUAAACAAGGUGUUUAUUGAAAUCCCACAAUGAGUUUACUUAUGUUGAUUUUGAAUAUAACUCGAUUAUACCAUUGUUUAUGCAUAAGAUAGAAACUGAAAUAAAUCCCAGUAAAUAUUGGAUGUGCUGCCAAUUGAUAGCAGGGACCAUCUCAUGUAAUUCUAUUUUUACCUUAAAUAAAUGAUUAAAAGAUUUAAAUCUUCUUGAGGAGAUGUAUCCACAGAGGAAAAAGGUAAAUACUCGACAUCUUACGAUAAUAUGUGUAUAUGGUCUUUUAUUAGUGUGGUGCACAUGACUGUUUCAAAAGGAUUUCCAUUUUAGAUAUGGUUAGAAACUUAAUAGUCAUGUUUGAUACAAUAAUUUGACAUGAGUUACAUUAUAUACUCUGUAAUAACCAGAGAGCAAAUAUAUAUUCUAGAGAACAAACCAUGCAUUUAUCUUGAAGGAUCUAGUAGGUAAGUCAUAAGCAUAUAAUGGAGUGUGAUGCUUAGUUUUGUCAUUUGCUGCUACCAAGGCUGUUAAUCAUGAUGUUCCAAUCACUCCAGAUGAGGUAUGAUGCUUAGUUUUGUCAUGUGCUGCUUGUUACUACGCCAUCAGCCAUGGCAGCGGCGUCGCGGAUAUCAGUGACUGUUUUAUGGCUUUCUGCCAUGGCUCUCUUGUUUUUUUCUUGGUGAUGUACUGCCUCUAAGUGUGCUUGGUAGUAACUAUGUGAAAUAAUUAUGACAUCAAAUCUAACUUUUUCCUAGUGUUACAGAUUUUAGACAUAUCCAUAAUUCUGUAGUCGUUAGGUUAUAAGUAAAUUUUAUUUUAAAAUUUUGUUGAAAUUGGACAUGGUACUGGUCGUAUGGCUUUUGUGAUAAGUUGAAAUUCAAAUUUUGUUGAAAUUGGCUUUGGUACUUGGAAGUAUUUGAUUUACAGGAUGGUAAACAUUUCAAGAAAAAAAGUGUGUUUCCAAAUUUGAGAAACCACAUUAUUAUUUUGAGAUACAUUGUUUAGUACAAAAUGUUGUCAGGUGGCGGUUAGAGUAGCGUGCUAUAGCACCAUUGCACCAUUGCAUAGAGUAACAUGUUUCUUGCGGAAAUUUAGCUAAAAUCCGCAGGUAAAUCCGUAGAAAAAUCGAGUAUUUCUAGUAGUGAUUAUUUUAUUUUAGGAAAAAGGAUUAUUGUUAUUUUAUUUUAUUGAGAAGACAUAACUUUUAAAUUAGUAACAUUUUUAAAUUAAUAAUUAAUGUGUGAUUUAAAAGUAAUUGAUUAUGUUAUAACAUAUUAUUUAAUAAUAGGAGAAAAGAGAAUAUUUAUUAUUUAACAAAUAUUUUCAAGGUAAUUUAAAUUUAAUACUAAAAUGAAAUAAUAUUGUAUAAUAACUUAACACAGCAAGUGAAAAGCGAAUCCUCAUAAUAGAUGUUAGUGUCUAUUAUUAAAGUGAAACAAUUUAUUGAAAUGGUUCAAUAGUUAAUUUUUAUUUCAAUUAUCAUUUGACAUAAUUAAUCUAAAAUUUUAAUUUAAUUAUUCUAGUAUGAAUUAUUAAAAUAAUAACAAUUAUAAUAUAUAAAAUAUAAGAGUUUAAAUUGAUAUGCACUUAAUGUAAACAAAUUUACACCUUCAUUAAAUCAUGAGCAUAAUUAAAGAUUUAAAGAAAUGAUAAACAAAUGAUAAUAAAUUAGGGGUGCCAGCUGGUUUGGGUGGGUUUAGAGAUUUAAAGGUUCGUCAAAUAAUUUGAUGGGACCAUGCAAUAAUAAAAAAAAGGUUAUUCCAAUAAAAGAAAAAUUAGUGGCGGCGGUAAUCCACUAUAUAUAAGGGGGUGAACAUAUAUUCCUUUGUUUAGUAUUUAACCUAAUAUUUACGCUUUAAAUUAGUGAGUGGAACCCUUAUUCCAUUCUUAUUUUACUUCACCCCCUGAGAUCGUCGUCAAUAUGAAGAAGAAGAGAUCUUCUCAACCACUAUCGGAACCUGUCAUUGCUUUGAGAAAGAAGAAGAGAAUUUGUGUCAAAUCUUUUCAACAACAACAACAACAAUCGUUUUCUUCUACACAACCUGAAUUUUGCUUACCAGAUGAUUGCUGGGAGCGUGUCUUUUCAUUCCUCAUCAAUUUUGUAGACGAAACCGAAGACAAAAAUAAACUCUACUUCAAAUCCUCCUUAUCUCUCGUCUCUAAACAAUUCCUCUCCAUCACUAACCGUCUCAUAUUCUCUCUCAGAAUUUAUUAUCCACAACUUUGCAUUCUCCCUCGUUUUUUUCAUAGAUUCUCCAACCUUCAUUCUCUUGACCUCUGGUUCGCCUCCUCUCAUGAUCUCGACAACAAUGCAGCCAUUGCUUUGGCUCUCCGUGACAGACCAACAUUGAAAUCAUUAUCUAUUUUCGGAAUUGAGCUAAAGGAUACAAACUAUGUUUCUUCACGUUACAUUGAUUCCUUCAUGAGUUUGAAGGGUUUGAAUUCUCUUAAGUUUCGGUAUUCCAAAAUAUCCGAUGAUUUGCUUUACUCUAUUGCAAAAGGAGGUCUUCCUUUAAAGAGGCUUGUUCUUGACGUUUGUCGCGGCUAUAGUUACCAUGGAAUUUAUGGUUUAUUAUCCAAGUGUCAUGAGAUACAACAUUUGAGUCUUCAAGAUGUUGAUUUUCUAAAUAAUCAUCAUGUUUCCCAGUUGUCUUUACUUGUUCCUGAUUUGAUAUCUAUAAAUCUUAGUGGAUGUUCCAAGCUCACAGAAUCAGCUUUGUUUGCCAUCAUUAAGAACUGUCAUUCACUUGAUAAAAUCACAAUUGAACGCAUAUAUGUUAAGAGAAAGAGGGUACAAAAUUUUGAUAUUUUGAAAGAUUUUCAAGUCAACCCUCAAUUAAAGUCUCUACAUUUGGCUGAAAAUUCAUUUAUAAACGAUGAGAUCGUCCUAUUGUUUGCUUCAAUUUUUCCUAAUUUACAGCUUUUUGAUUUGAGUAAUUGCGAUCGCAUAUCUGAUAAAGGUAUUUGUCAAGUUCUAAAUAAAUGUUGUAAGAUUAGAUAUCUGAGUUUGAUCGGCUGUAAAAAAGUGAGACAACUUAAAAUAAACGUUGUAGUUGACCAGCUAAAGAUGUUGAACUUGUGUGGUACAAACAUUGACGAUAAAACACUCUAUGAAAUCUCAAAGAGUUGUUAUGGACUUUUACAACUAUUAUUGAUAUAUUGUAAAUAUGUCACAGUAAAGGGAGUCACGCGCGUGAUUGAGAACUGCACACAACUGGAGGAGAUUGAUUUGAGAUGCUGUGAUAAAGUGAAUGAUGAUGAUGUUGUCUCAAUGCGUUCAUCAAGGCCAUCAUUAAAAAUAGAUUAUUGCUCCACAUUUUUGUUUUAG